AUGUCGGCGUUCGUCCAGUGGCUCAACCGCGAGACGGGCCUCCAAUCCAUCUGCACCUACGGCAACACUGACAUAUACCUGAUCCUGCUAACUCGAUUUCUCCGCAUGUUUGCCUAUGGAGGCGCCGCCCUCGUUCUAGCAAUCUUCUUGUACACCCAAGCGGGGGUCGAUUGGAAAAAGACCGGAACCUUCAUGACCUUGACGUUGUUGGGAGAUGCUGCGAUCAGUUACGGGCUGACGAUCGUGGCUGACAAGAUUGGUAGAAGACGUGUGUUGCUGAUAGGCUCGUUGCUCAUGAGCUUCGCCGGGACGGUGUUUGCCUUGAGCAAGAAUUAUUAUGUGCUUCUGUUCGCUGCCAUUGUGGGUGUGAUAUCCCCUGGGGCACACGAAGUCGGCCCGUUUCGUGCUGUUGAAGAAGCAAUCCUUGCUCAGCUUUCCCCAAUGGAGGCUCGUACCGACAUCUAUGCCUGGUUUGCCGUGUCAUCCACCCUUGCCAUGGCAUGCGGCCUGUUCGUCACCGGGUGGCUAACCUAUGCUCAACGGACAUACAUGGAGCGUGACUGGAAGGAGACGUACCCUCCUGUGUUUGGCCUUUAUGCGAUGAUCGGGCUGGUCAAGUUCUCCAUCACGUUCCUUCUCAGCAAGAACUGCGAAGCUAGUGCAGCGGCACAGUAUUCUUGGGCUCCGACCACCACAGGCAGUGUGAUGGAUGAAGGGGGGAGUCCCUCAUCAGAGCAGACGAGGCCUCUCCUGGAUGGCCUGCCUCGUCGGUCGUCGAUCCCGAAGCAAGCUAACGUGCGAACGACGGGCCGCACAGCUCAACUUUCUCAGCCCGACUCGUUCUUCCAGCGCCUUCGCAAGUCACUCAGCUCGCCCUGGAAGGUGUCUCGCUCCUCUCUGCCUAUCCUCAUACGCCUCUGCUUCCUGUUCGGUCUGAACGCUUUCGCAUCAGGCAUGCUCCCUGUGACCGUCAUGAGCUGGUAUAUGUCCUGGCGUAGCCGAUGGUUCUUGACUCAUCGGAUUGGUUAUGCCCUGAGCGUCGUCUGGCUCGCAGCGAGUCUCUCGAAUUUGUUCAGCGCCGCCGUCGCCCGACGAUUGGGACUGGUCAAAGCUAUGGUCUGCACUCACCUGCCCAGCGCAGUGUUCUUGGCGCUUGUUCCGCUCGGGCUGGUGGUUUCGGGUUGGCCACUUUUGCUGUUCCUCUUGCUUGCCGACGCGGCCCUGGGCUCCAUGGAUCAGGCCCCUCGCGAAGCAUUCGUUGCGGCGGCAUUUCUGCCUCGGGAAAGGGUUCAGGUCAUGGGUACGCUCAACUUUGUGAGGACCUUGGCUGCGAGCUUGGGCCCGGUGGUUACAGGGCUCGUGUGGACGAAGCAGACGUGGUGGGUACCCUUUGAGAUUGCAGCGGUUUUGAAGAUCUGCUAUGAUGUGGGUCUAUUGAUUAUGAUGUUGAAGACACCUCUGCCGGAGGAACAUCGGAGGGUGAUAGGUGUCUUGGGUGAUGGCGAGGGUCAGCAGAUGCGAAUGACUGCUGCUGACAUGGACGUCAACGUUCUGUUGGAUGAGCUGGCAACCAACAGCGGUGGACUGGUACCGCCGAGCGAGUUUGAAGUGAGUGACGACGAAGAGGAGGACGUCGAAAGGGGGUUGGUUACAGAGGUGCAUGAGGAUACUUCUGGGCUACCAAAGUACGGUGAGUAG